AUGAGUAUUGCGGUUCAACUCCUUGAGUCACUGAAAGAGUGGAGAAUUGAUAAGAAGGUGUUCUCAGUCACAUUAGAUAAUGCUACAAAUACUGCGGGUGUAGUAGAAAGUGGGUGGCUAAUACUGGAUGCGUCGACCAGAUGGAACUCAACGUACUAUAUGCUUGAAAGAGCCCUCAAGUACCGUAAAGCAUUUGUUAAGUUGGAGACAUUUGAUAAGAAGGGCUAUAAAACAGCGCCCACAGCCGAGGAAUGGACUAAAGCAGCCAAUAUCUGCGAUUUUUUGGGUCCUUUUGCUGUGAUCACAAGCUUGAUGUCUGGUUCGAAUUACCCGACUGCAAACCUGUAUUUCUAUCAGGUUUGGUUGAUCCAUGAUUGGCUUCGGAGAAAUGAGGAAAGCGACGAUGAGAUUGUCAGACACAUGGUGCCACCGAUGAAGGAGAAGUUUAACAAAUAUUGGGAUGAAGUUAGUUGUGUUUUUGCAAUGGUAGUAGUCUUUGAUCCACGGUUUAAGCUUUCAAUUGUCGAAUUUUGUUUAGGGAAACUUGACAUGAGUACACGUGAUGCAAAGGUGAAGAACUUGCGUGAGAAGCUCAGUAUUCUGUUUGAGACAUACGACAAAAAAUCAAAGAAUAACUCACCUUCUACUGAGCCUGUGUGGGAAUGUUUCGCACAAAGCCUGUGUGGCAGAAUCAAUGGGACUGAUUUCUUUGCAUUUCGCAAAGUCCGUGGCAUUGUGAGUGGAAAGACACCUCUACAAGCUUAUCUUGAAGAACCACCUUUGGACAUUACUAAUUUCCAGAGCUUGGACAUCCUUGACUGGUGGAAAGAUAAUGCGCAUCAGUAUGGUGACUUGGCUGCAAUGGCUUUGAUAUGCACUAGGAAUUGGAUCAAGGGAUAUGAAUCUUAUGCACAUGAUGAAGAUAUCAAUGGUGAUGAUGAUGGUGAAGAAGAGAAAUUACCAACAUUUAAGUCCAUUGUUGAUGGGGAAUAUGAAGAUGAGUAG